AUGAUUCCUGUACCGCCUUCCGAUGAACCUUUUUACCCUUUUGGCGAUUUGGAUUUGGAUCUAUCUGACUCCGAGCUCCGUGAAACCGCCUACGAGAUCUUCGCCGGGGCUUGUGGAAUCCCCGGCGGUGGUAGGCUGCUGAGUUACGUUUCUCAUUCAGGGAGAUUAUUCGAUUGGAUGCCACCAGGCCCUUCUUUUCAGCGGUCAUUAACAUUCUCGAUCGGAAGCAAGGUGAAAAGAUCAUUGGGUUUAAAUUCUCCGAAGAAGAAAAAGGGUUCAGGUUCUGCUCCGGUGAGUCCAGUGAACAAGACAAAUCGGCAUCCAACAAUUGGUGAGAUGAUGAGAAUUCAGAUGAAGAUUUCGGAUGAAACCGAUUGUAGGGUUAGGCCUGCGUUACUGAAAAUCGCUGCUGAACUGGUUGGCAGGAGAAUCGAAUCAAUAGUUUUACCCGUAGAACUUUUACACCAGUUCAAAUCUUCCGAUUUCCAAACUCAACACGAAUACAACGAAUGGCAAAGAAGAAAUUUCAAAAUACUUGAACUCGGAUUAUUGCUUCACCCCAAAAUACCCCUCGACAAGAAUGAUUCAUCUGCUCAACAACUCUCCAAAAUCAUACACACUGCUUAUGAACAUCACAUGGUGACUGGAAAACACAGUGAAGAAGUUAAAACCCUUCGUGGUGUAACAAAUCAGCUUGCUUGUAGAUCAGGUGAUGAUUCCGAAAUGUGUCAUUGGGCAGAUGGGAUUCCAUUGAAUCUUCGGCUUUACCAAUUCCUUCUUGAAUCUCUUUUCGACAUUGAAACCCCAACAAUUAUAAUCAACGAAAUCGAUGAGAUGUUAGAGUUCAUAAAAAGGACUUGGGGUAUUCUCGGAAUUAAUCAGAGGUUCCAUAAUCUUUGUUUCUUGUGGGUUUUAUUCAAUCGUUUUCUUUCCACAGGGCAAGUUGAAAACGAUUUGCUUCUUGCUUGUGCUAAUUUGUUGUUGGAAAUUAAGGAAGAUGCAGAUUCUGAUUCUGAUUCUGAUUCUGGUUUUAGUACUCAGUAUUCCAAGAUCUUGAAUUCUACUUUAAUGUUUAUUUUUAAGUGGGCUGAGAAAGGGCUUUUUGGGUAUCGUGAGUUUUUUUAUAGAGGCAAUGUUGACUUGAUGCAUAUUGUUUUAUCGAUUGGGUUAUUAGCAGAUGAAUUAAUGGUAGAAAAAAGUUCAUGUGAUGAUGAUAUGAGGAAAAUAGUUUAUGAAGCAAGUGGGAAAGUUGACACUUACAUCCGAUCAUCAAUGAAAAUGGCUUUUAGUCAGAUAAUGGAAAAGUUAAUGACAAGUAGGAAAUCAACAAAACGACAACAAACUAAUUUCAAUCAACUUCCCGCUCUAUGUGUAAUCGCCCAAGAAAUUACCGAUUUAGCCUUCACCGAAAAGGAGAUUUACAGUCCAAUACUAGCAAAACACCAUCCCCUUCCUGUCGGUGUGGCAGUUGCAACUCUUCAUUCUUGUUUUGGUCAACAAGUCAAAGCAUUCAUUUCAAGUAUUACCGAUUUGACCCCAGAUGUUAUACAAGUCCUCAUAGCUGCUGAUAAGAUGGAAAAAUGUUUAGUACAAAUGUCUGUUGAAGAUUCUUUUGAUAGUGAAGAUGGUGGAAAGUCAAUAAUUCAAGAAAUGAGUCCUUAUGAAACAGAGAUUGUGAUUGCUGAUUUGGUCAAAUCUUGGAUUCAAACAAGAGUUGAAAGACUUACUCAAUGGGUUCAUAGCAAUUUAAAAAAAGAGGUGUGGAACCCAACAGUAAACCAAGGGCAAUUUGGUCAAUCUGUGGUGGAAGUUUUAAGAACAACUAGUGAAACAUUGGAAGCAUACUUUUUACUACCAAUACCCCUCCAUGCAGCUUUACUACCAGAUUUAACAAAUGGUCUCGAUAAAUCCGUUCAAGAUUACAUUUUCAAAGCAAAAUCCACUUCAGGAAGCCGAAACAAAUUUCUUCCAAAAAUACCCUCGUUGUCACAAAUGGCUGAAAAUAGAACAACAGAAGACGAUUAUGAUUAUGAUUAUGAUGAUGAUUCUUGUGGUAUACUACAAUUAUGUGUUCGUGUUAAUACUUUUAUCUACAUUCGUAACGAAUUACAAAUUUUCCAAGAAAGGGUAGUCGCACAAUUGAGAAGCACUGGAAGUAGAACAACUGACGAGGGCAAUAUUGUCAAUUACUAUAAAAUUAGCUUCAACCUAUCUUUAACCGCUUGUGAAGACGGGAUUCAAGAACUCUGCGAGGUAACCGGAUAUAAACUCGUAUUUCAUGAAUUAAAUCAUGUUUUUUGGAAGGGUUUAUACAUCGAUGGAGCUUCAUCUUCAAGAAUCGAACCUUUUUUAGAAGAAUUGGAAGAGAAUCUUGAAAAAAUAACGGGAAUUGUACACGACGAUAGCGUUAGAACAAGGGUAACGACGGAAAUUAUGAGAGCUUCAUGCGACGGGUUUUUGUUGGUUUUGCUUGCCGGAGGUCAUUCUCGUAAUUUCACUCCUCAAGAUUCCUUCAACAUACAAGAGGAUUUCCAUCUUCUCGUCGAUCUUUUCUGGUCUCAUGGCGAUCGAUUGCCGACGGAAUUGAUAAGCAAAUUCUCGGCUCCGGUGGAAGGUAUUUUACCCCUUUUUGCAACCGACACCGAAACCCUAAUCCAGCAAUGUAAGGCUUUAGCGGUGGUUAAGGGUGGCCGUUUGCCGGAGGCCGGCGAGUGGGAUCGGAACGACCCGAAUACGAUCUUGAGAGUGUUGUGUCAUCGUGACGAUAGGGUUGCUUUUAAGUUUCUUAAGAAUAAUUUUCAUCUCCCGAAGAACGUUUGAUGUAUAGAUGAUCGUGUUGAUUAAUGAUUCUGAUAGGCGGCGAACGGCGGCAGUUGUACAUAUAAAGUUACCGGAUUUGUGGUGGUUCUGGUGAACCACCGUGACAGGUUUAUUCCAUUUUUUUUUCUUAUUGAUAUAAUCUAUUGAUCGUGUAUUCGUUUGGCAACAAGGUUGAUGCUAACAUUUAAUCAUUAAUGAAGUAGAAAAUGUUAUUAGUGUA